AUGAAGGGUAUCAUGAGAUUCGGGAUGAGAUGCAAGUUGAAUCCGAGGUUCAUCGGUUCGUUUGAGGUUUUGGAGCGAGUUGGUGAGGUCACAUACAGGCUUUCUUUGCCUUCUAGACUAUUGGUAGUUCAUGUUGUAUUUCACGUGUAUAUGCUCCGGAGGUACCAUGCCGACAUAUCCCAUGUAUUGGAUCAUAGCACAGUUCAAAUGGAUGAUAGUUUGAGUUUCGAGGAGGAGCCGGUUGCCAUUGUUGACAGGCUGGUUAGCAAGUUGAGGUCGAAAGAGAUUUCAGUUGUGAAAGUUCAGUGGAGGGGUCAGCUAGUCGAGGAGACGACUUGGGAGACCGAGUAG